GCCAUCUUUCAACUCUCUUUCAACACUUAGCUACUCCUUCCUCAACUAAUAGCUUCAAUCCUUCAUUCUUGUUCCAACGUCAAUCACUAGCAUCUAAAAUCGACAAACGACCUUGAGAAAAGGCCAAAGACAAAAAUUUGCGAACGAAUCAUCAAAAUUUGCAAAUAUGGAUCCCGAAAAGGCAACUUCGAAUAAAGCCACCAAAGACGAUAUCACAGCCGCCAACAAUGUUCGGGGUAACAUCAGGGCGGACGAUCAGUCCUCCGACAUGAAGGUGGCAGAGGUACUCGAUGCUUUUGGUAAUGAGGAAGGCGCAGAGGUUCAAUACAAAACCAUGACUUGGUGGCAAGGAGCAAUUGUUAUGAUUGCUGAAAAUAUCUCACUUGGUAUCCUUUCUCUACCAGCUGUUUUGGCCAAUGUUGGUCUCAUUGGUGGCCUCAUUUCCAUUCUUGCUCUCGGUGUUUUCACCACAUACUCUGGUUACAUCUUGUGGCAAUUCAAAAUGCGAUAUCCUCAGGUUACAACUUAUGUAGACAUUGGUGGAAUCUUGUUGGGUAGCUGGGGAAGAGAGAUCUUCGGUGCUGCUUACGUCAUUUACUGCAUAUUCUGCAUGGCAUCGCAUCUUUUGACUUUUACCAUUGCCAUGAAUGUUCUCACGAACCAUGCAACUUGUACUAUUCUCUGGGGUGUCGUUGGAUUGGUUGUCUUCAGUUUCCUCUCCUUGAACAGAACCCUCAAGAAUGUCUCGUUCUUGUCCAUUGUUUCAUUCACCAGUAUUCUUUCCGCCGUUGUCCUCACCAUGGUCGCCUUGGGUGUUUCGCCAAAAGCAGACGCUGCAGAUAUGAAGGGAACUUACAGCCCAUCAUUCCCAACCGCUUUCAACAGUAUUUCCAACGUCGUUUUCGCAUAUGGUGGUCACGUUGCCUGGGUCAGCUUCAUUGCUGAACUCCGCGAUCCAAAGGACUUCCCAAAGUCUCUCGUUCUCCUUCAAACUGUCGACAUCAGUCUUUACUUCGUCGCUGCUCUUGUCAUCUACAGAUAUGCAGGUGAAGAUGUCGCAAGUCCAGCUCUUAACAGCAACAGUCCUCUUGUUCGCAAGAUCGCAUGGGGAAUCGCUCUACCAACAAUCAUUAUCGCAGGAGUCAUCUUCGCUCACGUCACUGUCAAAUACAUUUACAUUCGACUUUUCUCCGGAACCAAACACUUGAACAGCCGAGGAUUUGUCGCCACCGGAACUUGGGUCGCUCUCGCUUUCGGAACAUGGGCUAUCGCGUGGAUUAUUGCUGAAUCCAUUCCCGUCUUUUCCGAUCUCCUCGGUUUCAUUUCUGCUCUUUUCGCAUCUUGGUUUUCCUACGGUCUCCCUGGUAUCUGUUGGUUUUACAUCAACUGGGGAUCUUGCACUCAAGGCUCCAAGAAAAUCUUCUUGAGUUUCGUUAAUAUUAUCUUGAUUAUUUUGGCGUGUAUUAUGUGUUUUGCGGGUUUAUACGCGAGCGGUUAUUCUAUGAAAUUGGAUACCGCUAGUUCUCACGGUGCUUGGUCUUGCGCGGAUAACCAAAACUAAUUGGUUAUCUUGGGGUUAUAUUAUAACAUUUGCAUUGCAUUGCGUUGCGAGGGCUCUUUUUUUUUCUUCUUGGGAAAAGCAAGCAAAAGGCAAAAAGCAUAAAAGCAUAAAAGCAUGUUACGCACUAGGGGGUUUUAUAUUGGUGGAGGCAUUUUUUAUUAUGAUAUCGAUAUUCGGUUUAUAUGAUAUGGGCAAACGGGUGUCUUGGGCGCGUAUGUAUGUACUUUGGGAGUACUACUUUUGGGCUAGGGGGCAUUCUCACUUUUGAAUGAGCGCACGGGGUCGAGCAGGAAAUGACCUUUUUUGUAUAUUAACGGGUAAUGGUGUGAUGAGAAUUAUGGUGUGAUGAUUGAAUUACAUAAAAGAAUGAAGAUUGGUUCAUUUGAAUGACUUUUGAGCGAAUUAGAUGUGGUGAAAAAUA